UUUUAUGAUUCAGAUGCAGCGAUUUGCUUUACUAUUCAGCGGAGUAAGAGAGUAAGACUAGGUGAUCAUUAUUUCUGUAUUUGUAUCGAAUUCGCGUACCCAAAGAUUCUGUUCAAGUUUACAAAUGCUUUGUGAAACACGGUAAAUCAGUUUUUAAAAGUAAAUAAAAGUCGAACCGUAGCAUGGCAGUGUACCACGAUGAAGUAGAAAUCGAAGAUUUUGAAUACGACGAGGAAGAACAGAUGUACUACUAUCCCUGUCCGUGUGGGGAUCGAUUUCAAAUCAGCAAGGAAGAACUGAUGGAGGGAGAAGAAGUGGCUACUUGUCCCAGCUGUUCUUUAGUUGUGAAAGUCAUCUACGACCCGGAAGCUUUUCAGAAUGAACAGGACGAAACGGAGAAGUCGAAGGGAGUUAGGGACAAAGAAGUUAUUGCUGAAUAGAUAGAAAUUUGGAUAGUUUUAGAUAAGAAUUGUAGAUAGCACUGUGUGAGUAAAAAAAAAGGCGGAAUUUGUACUAUUUUUUUAAAAAUGAUUUACGCGUGACAAAAAAUAUACACAUCUAUGAGAAAUAACUUAGAUCAUGAGUUUCUGUUGAUUUGAUCCAACUUCGGAUGUGAAUGGAAAGAAAAUUUAUCUCUGAUGUGUAUAUUUCCAUUCGAAAAUACUUUGAACAAUUGAAGAACACAUUCGGCAGAUGCUUUGUAAUUGUUACUCGAAUGCAAGUGAAUAAAAUGACUGAGCACUAAAAACUCAAGAGAGACAACUAAAACGUAAUAAUUAAUAAAAAUAUGUUGAAACGUC